AUGAAUAAUCUAAUUAUAUUUUCAAGAGAACGUUAUCCAAUAUCAUACAUGGGUAAACAUCCAUUGACAAUGCAUCAAUUGAAACAUUUUUUUAAUACAUGUCGAAUUCCACAUAAAGAAUGUGAUGAAUUAGUUAGUUCAUUUCGAACUGUUUCUGAAGAUGUUCAAACUCCACCAACUCAUGUUGUAGUUAUUCGUAAUGGUCAUCUAUUUACAUUUGAUUUAUAUGAAUCAAAAAAACUUCUUACACCACCGGAAAUUCUUCAAAAACUUGACGAUAUUGUUAAACAAAGUAAUCAAAGUCCUGGACUUGGAUUAGGUGCUCUUACUGCAUUACCACGUGAUGAGUGGGCAGAAAUACGUGAUCAUUUAUGUGAAAUUAAUGAACAAAAUAAAAUCAAUUUUCAAAUGAUUGAACAAGCAUUACUUGUUUAUGCAUUGGAUGAUGAUAAUCCUGAAAACAUAACAGAGGUUGCUUGUAUUGGUAUGUUGAAAAAUCCUCAAUCACGUUGGUUUGAUCGAUCAAAUGUUUAUAUUGUCACACAAAAUGGUCUUAUUGUAGCAAAUGAUGAACACUCAGCCUAUGAAGGUAUUAUUCCAACACAAAUCGGGGAUCAUAUACAAAAUCAUAUUGAUUCUCUUGAAAAGAUAAAUUCAUGGCCAAUACUAUCUGAUCCUUAUAAUAAAAUAAUUGUUCGAGAAAUUUUAUUUAUUUAUGAUUCACGUGUAUUUGAUGCUAUCAAUCGUGCAAUUAAGUUAUUUUAUCAUUCAGCAGAUAAUAUCGAAAUUAAAGCUAUUAAUGUAACUCAAUGUACAAAAGAAGAUAUUAAACAAUAUGUUCGCAUUCAUCCAGAUACUUUUUUUCAAUUAUGUCUUCAACUAGCUUAUUUUAAAUUACAUGAACAUAAACCUGCACCAACUUAUGAAACAGCAUCAACAAGACGUUUUUAUCGUGGAAGAACUGAAACAGCACGAACUUGUACACCAGAAGUAGUUGCAUGGUGUCGUGCAAUGACAAAUUCAAAUAAUCAAAUACCAGAAAUUGAAAAACGAAAAUUAUUUCUUAUUGCUGCUAAUCGUCAUCAAGAAGUAAUGACUGAAGCAUCGGAAAAUCAAGGUUGUGAUCGACAUUUAUUUGGAUUGAGUAUGAUAGCAUAUAUAACAGGCAAACCUUUCGAACUCGCAAAUGAUCCAUCAUGGAUAAAAAGUGGUGGAGGUGGUAAUUUUAUUCUAUCUACAAGUUGUAGUGGUUUCACUAUAACAGUAGGUGGAACAUCACCAAUGUGUUUAAAUGGUUAUGGAGUGUUUUAUCGACUUGGUAGUGAUGCAGUAACAUUUGUUGUCACUGCGUAUCGAAGUUGUUCGGAUACAAAUGCACAAGCAUUGGCAGAUUCGAUUGAAAGUACUUUAAUUGACAUGAAAACGUCUUUUAUGAAAUCAAAUUUGUAA